AUGAGCAACUGGUGUGGCCAGCCCGUCCUCGUCAAGUCGGUCGACAGCACCAAGCCGGCAGCGGAACAGGACGUCAUGCGCCAGAAGCUCACGGCCGAAAUCACGUCCAUGGCGCGCAUGACGCACCCCAACAUUGUCGCGUUCCUGGGCUUUUCGAUGACGCCGACCAACGAAUUGUGCUGCGUCACCGAGUAUGUCGAAGGCCGGACGCUGCGACACCUCCUUAGCACGCCCAAGGCGUUUGCCAAGCUGUGCUGGUCGUCCAGCAAGCUCUCGCUUGCCAUGGACAUUGCAUCGGCCCUCGCCGCGAUGCACGCGCUCAAGCCGACGCUCAUCCACCGCAACGUCAAGGCGUCCAAAACCGGCUUUGGCGCCGCGCGCGACCAAACCUUCGAGUACGACAUGACAAGCGGCGUCAGCGAUCUGCAGUGGUCGGCGCCCGAGCUGCUCAUGGACGGCGAAGACUACAACGAAAAGGUCGACGUCUACGCGUUCGGCAUGCUCUUGACAGAGAUCGACACGGGCGAGAUCCCGUUUGCGACGGAAAUGGCGUCGAUGAAGCAAGCGGAGCUCGCCAUGAAGCUCGCCGCCGGUGCGAUCCGACCCAAGCUCUCGUCGUCGUGCCCGAUGCGCAUCCAGAAGAUCGCGCUUUCGUGUCUCCAACACGACAAGCACCUGCGACCAACCAUCGCCACGAUCUUGCGCCAUCUGCAGCAGGUUCAGCUCUCGACUUUGGUACCAAGUAGCAGUCGAUAG